AUGGCCACGACGCGUCCUUCAUCGUCAAUCCUCCUACGAGGCGGCACCGUGCUCACACAUGGCGACAAUGACCAUGUCGUUCCUCUCCGGGACACUGAUCUUCUCGUUCGUGAUGGUCUCGUCGCUGACAUUGGAAAGAACAUCUCGCCUCCGAACAGCGACACGGAAGUGAUAGAAUGUAAGGGGAAGAUCAUCUCCCCUGGUUUCGUGGACACACAUCAUCAUCUCUGGCAGACGCAGCUGAAGGGAAGACACGCCGAGCAGGGGUUGGUCGCGUACAUGUAUUCUGGCAAUAUGAUGUCCUACGCAUAUACCCCGGAGGACAUGUACUGGGGCCAAUUGUCAGGUUGUCUAGAGGCAAUCCAUGCAGGCACCACGACUGUCUUGGACCAUGCUCAUUGCGCUUAUACGCCUGGCCAUGCCACUUCGGCACUCAACGCAACUCUGGACUCAGGCAUCCGCGCCAUCUUCGGAUACUCCAUCCCCAUGCGCAUGUCCAGGUGGGAUCAAUCUCAGUGCAUCCCAGACCCAGACCUCCUUCCAGAAUGGGCACUCUCGCAGCUGGCCGAGCUGGCCGAGAAACAUAACAAUCGACCUGCCGCGACGGUGGAGAUUGGCAUGGGGUUUGAUUUCUGGUUCCUCCCUCAAGAGAUAGUCCUGAGCAUCUUCGGAAAAUUGAGGGAAAGCGGACUAAGACUUCUGACCACUCAUGUUGGUUGCAAUGCCUUUAUGGGUCUCCAAUCACCCAUACCUAAAUUUCAAUCGUACAGCCUCCUCCGCACGCCUUAUCCACCGACGGACACUGCACCUGCCAUGCCUUUCCUGCUCCUCUCGCACUGCAACGGUCUACCGCAGGAGGACCUCUCCAUCCUCGCAUCGACCGGAACCCCGAUCUCAAGUACACCGGGUACGGAGGCCCAAAUGGGCAUGUCCUACCCUGUCGCACUGGAGCCGACGCUGAAGCAGUCUCGAACCGCGAACGUCUCUCUCGGCGUCGACUGCCACAGCAACGACCCGUCUUCCAUCCCCCAGCAAGCGCGCAUGCUGCUGCAGCUCACACGGGUGGAGAAGAACGCCCACAUCCUCGCCGAAGGGAAGUAUCCGUCCAGAAACGUCACGGGCACAUCAGAGGAAGUGUUCAACCUAGCCACGAUCCGAGGCGCGAGAUGCCUCGGCCUCGAGCAUGAGAUCGGAAGCAUCCGCCCGGGAAAGAAGGCGGAUCUGCUCAUCUUCGAUGCAGAGCGCAGCGUGGGCAUGUUGAGCGCGGCCGAAUACGAUCCCGUCGUGGCGAUCGUGCGGUUCAGCGAGGCCGCGGACAUCGAGAACGUCAUCGUCGACGGCGCGGUGCGAAAGAAAGCAGGCAAGCUGGUCGCUACUAAUUGUACCCGUGGAGUUGAGGAGAAGAGGAUGGUGAUGGAGUGGAGUGACGUGGCGGAACAGGUGCGACGCAGUCAGAGGGAGAUCCAGCACCGGAUCGACGGGCUCAGCCUCGAGAAGGCCCGGGACAUGAUGUUGAGCGCCUAUCAUACGGACGUGAGCAGGCUCGUGGAUGCUGCUGAGUAG